AUGCAAUUGAAUCUAAAAAGUGGCACCACGCGUGCCGUUGCUGCCGCGUGUAUUAUAGCGACUUCUCUGUGGCUUUUGGUGCAAGGAACCGGUGCAGGAAGUGGAUCUUUCAGUGUGGGACACCAAACAUUCAAGGCCCAGGACGAGCCAAAUGGCUACACUUACCGCAAAGUGAAGCACACGAAAUACAAGGGGCGCAAGGAGAAAGCGACUUUUGUAACGCUGGCUCGUAACGAGGAUCUUUACUCGCUUUUGGGAUCUAUCGCUAGCGUCGAAGAUCGUUUCAACAGCAAGUUCCAGUACGAUUGGGUUUUCCUCAACGAUAAAGAGUUCAGCGAUGAAUUCAAGCGUGUCACAACCGCAAUGGUGAGCGGCACAACCAAGUACGGGCUUGUACCAGCAGAACACUGGUCUUUGCCCUCGUGGAUCGACGCGGAUAAAGCAGCCAAAGUCCGGGAACAGAUGCGCGAAGACCAAAUUAUUUACGGUGAUUCGCUUCCUUACAGACACAUGUGUCGUUUUGAAUCUGGGUUUUUCUACAGACACGAAUUGUUGGCCGAUUAUGACUGGUACUGGCGUGUGGAACCGGACACCCGUAUCUAUUGUGACGUUGACUACGACAUUUUCAGGUUCAUGAAGGACAAUGGCAAGAAGUACGCUUUCACCAUCUCUUUGCGUGAAUAUGAGGGUACUAUCAAGACUCUUUGGGACACCACGAAGCAAUUUAUGGAACAGAACCCUAGCUUGGUGCACCCCAAUAACAUGCUUGACUUUAUUUCCGACGACGACGGUGCAUCCUACAAUUUGUGCCACUUUUGGUCGAAUUUCGAAGUCGGCUGGCUGGACUUGUGGCGCGGGCCUGCUUACUCUGCUUAUUUUGAUCAUUUGGACAAAGCUGGUGGGUUCUUCUAUGAACGUUGGGGUGACGCUCCAGUUCAUACCAUUGGUGCUGCGCUUUUCUUGGAUCGCUCUGAAAUUCACCAUUUCGGUGAUAUUGGAUACUAUCAUGUUCCCUUCCAUUCCUGCCCAAUUGACGAAAGUAUCAGACUCAACAACCGUUGCAACUGUAACCCUGAUGAUGAUUUUACAUGGAAAGGAUAUUCUUGCACGUCCAAGUUUUACACUGUCUCGAACACGAAGAAACCUAAGGAAUGGCUGAAAUAUGCUGAUUGA